AUGGCCGAAGACGGCGGCAACAACUCUACCUCCGUCCAGGAGAUGUUCCACCGGGUCAGCGAGCAAUUCACCGGCAUGUUCCGCCGCAAGGCCUUCCUCCAAUGCCACACUGGCGAGGGCAUGCAUGAGACGGAGUUCUCCGAGGCCGAGAGCAACAUGAACGACCUUGUCUCCGAGUACCAGCGGUACCAGGAUGGCACCGCCGAAGACGACGGCGGCUACGACGAGGACGAGGAAGCAGACGCCGAACGCGUUGCCAUGUUUCUAUCUACAUCUUCCGCUUCCUACUUCUGGGACGAUGCGGUCGUGCUUCUGAUAAAACCAUGGCGUUGCUCGCUGCCUCUAUUGAUCCAUGACCGAUUCAUGAACGAAAUCCCUAGUAUAGCAUAA